AGGACCCUUGGAGAAAUCUGGUGAGGAACAUGAUGGCCAGAAUUCUAUGGAGCCAUCUGUGAAUUCAUUGGGAAGAACAAAAAAACAGUUUAAAUGCCUGGAACGUGGGAUGUGCUUUAGUCACCGUGGAAGACUGAGGACACAUCAACGAAUCCACAUAGAGGAGAAACCAUUUAAAUGUACUGACUAUCGAAAGAGCUUCAGGGACAAUGGAACUCUUAGAAAACAUCAAGGAACUCACACAGGGGAGAAACCAUUUGAAUGUAUUGAAUGUGGAAAGAGCUUCGGUAAAAAUGGAGCACUAAGAACACACCAACGAACUCACACGGGGGAAAAACCAUUUGAAUGUACUGAAUGUGGAAAGUGCUUCAGUCGAUAUGGAACACUUAGAAUGCACGAACGAACUCACACAGAGGAGAAACCAUUUAAAUGUAUUGAAUGUGGAAACAGCUUCAGUCAAAAUGGAAACCUUAGAAUACAUCAACGAACUCACACAGGGGAAAAACCAUUUGAAUGUACUGAAUGUGGAAAGUGCUUCAGUCGAUAUGGAACACUUAUAAUACACCAACGAACUCACACGGGGGAGAAACCAUUUGCAUGUAUUGAAUGUGGAAAGAGCUUCAGUCAAUAUGGAACACUUAAAAUACACCAACGAACUCACACGGGGGAGAAACCAUUGAAAUGUAUUGAAUGUGGAAAGGGCUUCAGUGAAAGUGGAGCACUUAGAAGACAUGUACAAACUCACAUAGAAGAGAAACCUUUUAAAUGUAUUGCAUGUGGAAAGGGCUUCAGUAAGAGUGGAGACCUUAGAAUACACCAAGGAACUCACAUGGGGGAGAAACCAUUUAAAUGUAUUGAAUGUGGAAAGAGCUUCUGUAGAAGUGGGACACUUAGAAGACAUCAACGAACUCACACAGAGGAGAAACAAUUUAAAUGUAUUGAAUGUGGAAAGAGCUUCAGUAGAAGUGAACACCUUAGAAGACAUCAACUAACUCACACGGGGGAGAAACCUUUUAAAUGUAUUGAAUGUGGAAAUAGCUUCAGUCAAAGUGGAGCACUUAGAAUACACCAACGAACUCACACGGGGGAGAAACCAUUUAAAUGUUUUGAAUGUGGAAAGAGCUUCAGUAGAAGUGGACACCUUAGAGUACACCAACGAACUCACACGGGGGAGAAACCAUUUGAAUGUAUUGAAUGUGGAAACAGCUUCAGUCAAAAUAGAUACCUUAGAAUACAUCAACGAACUCACACGGGGGAGAAACCAUUUAAAUGUUUUGAAUGUGGAAAGUGCUUCAGUGAAAGUGGAGCACUUAGAAGACACCAACAAACUCACACGGGGGAGAAACCAUUUGCAUGUAUUGAAUGUGGAAACAGCUUCAGUCAAAAUGAAUACCUUAGAAUACAUCAACGAACUCACACGGGGGAGAAACCAUUUAAAUGUAUUGAAUGUGGAAAGAGUUUCAGUAGAAGUGGACACCUUAGAAUACAUCAACGAACUCACACGGGGGAGAAACCAUUUGAAUGUAUUGAAUGUGGAAAGAGCUUCAGUCAAAAUGUAAUACUUAGAAGACAUCUACAAACUCACAUAGAGGAGAAACCAUUUAAAUGUAUUGAAUGUGGAAAGAGCUUCAGUAAAAGUGGACACCUUAGAAUACACCAGCAAACUCACACGGGGGAGAAACCAUUUAAAUGUACUGAAUGUGGAAAAAGCUUCAACAGGAAGGAUAAACUUACAUUACAUUGGCAAACUCACACAGCGGAGAAGCUUUAGUCAAUAUGGAACCUUAGGAAAUAUCCACUAAUUUACAUGGGGAGGUCUUAAUACAGUGGUACCUCGGGUUACGUACUUAAUUUGUUCUGGAGGUGUAUUCUUAACCUGAAACUAUUCUUAA